AUUUACUUACCGGCAUUUCAGCAUUGCACCGUGUGGGAUAGAGACACCAGUUUCGGUGUGCUAUUUAUUUAUUUAUUGUAGCAUUUUUUUAAAUUGUCCUGAGUAAACAUGCUCGGUCUGUGCCUUUACGUCCCCGUGUCCAACUCGGACCCGGUCGAAGUGGAAUACUUUGAAUCUAACGGCCUCCCGUCGGAGCUGAAGUCUCUGUUCAACAAACUGAGCGUGUUCCUGCCGUCUCAGGAGUUUUCUACCUACCAGAGAUGGCGAAAGAAAACUUUAAAACAGGAAAAGAGUGACUCGGAUGGACAGUUGGACUUUGAGGAGUUCGUUCACUAUCUGCAGGAUUACGAGAGAGACCUGAAGCUGGUCGUGAAAAGCCUGGACAGGAAAAAUGCAGGCCGUGUUGAUCCUAAGGAGUUCAUUCAGUCUCUGCAGGACCUCGGGGUGCAUAUUUCCCCACAGCACGCCGAGAAAGCCCUUAAGAGCAUGGAUAAGAAUGGAAUGAUAACUAUCGGCAGCAAGGACUGGAGCAACUUCCCCAUGGUGGAAAAGACGGAGACCAUUCCCGAGAUCAUCCUCUACUGGAAACACUCCACGAUAUUCGACGUCGGGGAGAACCUGAUGGUGCCUGAUGAGUUCACGGUGGAGGAGAAGAUGACCGGGAUGUGGUGGAGGCAUCUGGUCGCAGGCGGAGCAGCCGGAGCCGUUUCCAGGACCUUCACGGCUCCUCUGGACCGACUCAAAGUCAUGAUGCAGGUUUAUGGAACCAGAACAAACAACAUGUGCAUCAUGAGCGGGAUGAUGCAGAUGAUCAAAGAGGGCGGCAUGAGGUCGUUGUGGCGAGGAAACGGAGUGAACAUCAUCAAAAUCGCCCCCGAGUCGGCCCUGAAGUUCAUGGCGUACGAGCAGAUUAAGCGUUUAAUCGGCAGCGAGAAGACGACUCUGAGCAUCCUGGAGAGGUUUGUUGCUGGAUCUCUGGCCGGAGUGAUGGCCCAGAGCACCAUCUACCCCAUGGAGGUGCUGAAAACUCGUCUCGCUCUGAGGACGACGGGUCAGUACUCGGGGAUCUCGGACUGCGCCAAGCAGAUCUUCAGGAGGGAAGGACUGGGAGCGUUUUAUAAAGGCUACGUCCCCAACAUGCUCGGCAUCAUCCCCUACGCCGGCAUCGACCUGGCCGUGUACGAGACUCUGAAGAACAGCUACCUGCAGCAGUACGGCACAAACAGCUCUGACCCCGGCGUGCUCGUCCUGCUCGCCUGCGGCACCGUGUCCAGCACCUGCGGGCAGCUCGCCAGUUAUCCUCUGGCUCUGGUCCGAACACGCAUGCAAGCACAAGCUGCGACGGGCUCGACGAGUCCGCAUGCGACCAUGUCCGGUCUCUUCAGGCAGAUCCUACAGACCGAGGGUCCGACGGGUCUCUACAGAGGUUUGGCGCCCAACUUCCUCAAAGUGAUCCCCGCCGUCAGCAUCAGCUACGUCGUGUACGAGAACCUGAAGACGCAGCUGGGAGUGACAUCACGCUGAAACCCGACCCUCCCCCUUUUGUUGUGUGACAACAAGAAUGUGACAAGUGACCUCCCCCCCCACGAGGGAACCCCAGGGAGCCUGUGGCCCCGCUGGGUGUUCGUAGAGCGAUCUCAUUCUGUGAAUGUCAGCUGAUGAAAGACGAGAAGGGACACUGGUCACGUUGGAAGGCUGAGGUGGAGGUUAUGGACUCUGUGAGCUCAGGAGUGUAACUGCUGCUAUUUAUGUUUGAGGAGAGAUGUGAGGGAUGGGACUGAAAGUCAAGGACCAAAUGUUUAUUUUUUGCCCUUUCUGCCCGGAUCCUCAGCGAGAACAUGUUGAGGUUAUUCUUCAUGUUUGAGUUCUUUUCUGUCCGCCAGUCGAACAUGCAGCGUUUCGUAGCUCUACUGGGAAAAAAGCAUUCUAGUUCAGGAUCCUUCUCUGAUAAAAAGCAUUAAUAAUCCCUUUAAGAAGUUUUAUUCUUUAAGUGUUCGGCCUGCAGGAAGAAUGUCUGUGUUCCUUAAAGAGAGGGUUUUUGCACAUGUGAGUUUGAUCUCUCCUCCCCGUCCUGAAUCAAUGAAUGCUAGAGGAGUAUUUAUUUCCAUCCUGUAUUUAUCCUUUUUAUUGUCGAGAAGAGAGCGGCGUCAGAACGCUGCAUGUUAAGUUUAAACAGCCAAAUGUGCGAUUUAAAAAUAAUGCUGUGAUUGUAUUCAGGGUGAGAGUGUAGCGCCGGGCAGCAGCCUUAACACGUGGCGUUGAAACACACUACAUGCUGCCCGCUGGGAGUUUGUGCUCAUGCUGCUGUUUGAGAAAACAUGAAAAUAACUUUUUGUUGUGGUACAAACUGAUCAUGUCUGUUGUUCUAAAGAGUUAAAUGUAUUAAUGUUCACCUCAGGUUUCAGGGCAGAUUCAUGUUUAAUUCACAACAUUUAUCCUCGAAAAACGAAGGGCAGAAGAAGAUGAGCAACAUAUUGCACUUUAAUCGAUGCUGGAAGGGCUCUGGAGGAAUGUCGGAUCAAUCCAGGUGUUAAGACUGAAUUCUUUUGUAAAGAAUGAGUUUUUAGAGAUGUUUUUUAAAGGACCAUUUUGAUGCAAAUAAAUGCAAAUUCUUGUA